GGUGUCAGCGUCCCUCCGGAGACUCCAUUAGCUCUCAGGGCGGGCUGGCAGCGCGCGGGCAGGCGGAGAGCAAUGUCCCUGGCCCGCGGACUGGCGUGCCGUGGGGCGGGCGGCCGCUCGCUGGCUGGCGGGCUGCGGCGGUGACACCCUGGUCGCUGGAGUCCACGGAGGAACCCGGGCUCCCUCCGCGUGAGCAAGGACGUCCCGCGCUCCGGAGCUCGCCCUGCGGGGAGAGGCCCUCGCUAACACGGCUUCUCUCUGACCUCUUAAUUUCAGGAGGUUUCGGAGGGUCCGAGUGCCUAUACAGCCCCCCACAGGAACUACUUCUGUUGGCCCAGCGAGGAUCAUCUUUCACCAGGAUUGUUGUAACAUCUUCACUGAGCCUUCCACCCCAUACCUUCUACCAUGGGCCCUGAUUUCCACCAAUGAAGUUUUUUAACGCUUUCUUUAAUCACGUGACACCAGCUCCUGUCCACCUUUUUUCCUUUCCAGUUGCCAAAUACGUUAGGCAUAGUUUGUGUGUGUUAAAGUACAAAGUUUUCUGCCUGUCCGCUCUCACCUUAGUUGCACCGUUCACUUCUGUCUAGCUCGUCUUACCUUGCUUGCCUGUAAUUUCCAUAACCACUCGCAUUGUAACCUGUAGCAGCCCUUGCCUAGAAGAGGCAGCAUUCCAUACCAUGCACUGCCUGACAAAGACGACAGUCAGGGGGUGAGUUUUCCCAUUAUAUUUCCUGUAUAUCAAAUCUGCAAGUCCUCUCUUGACUUUAUUUAUUCCCUAGCACAUUUCCCAAAAUACUCCCAGCUGGGUCCUAGUUCCUUUAGCAAAGAACCUCACUUGUGAUGUUGGCAAGAAAUUGAGUAUGCAUUAGGACCAUUUUAGAGACCUUGCUGGUUCAGUGUUGGUUGCAAUCUCCGUUGAGACUGCAGUUCAUGAAAAGACCUUAAACUAAGUGAGGAGGAAGAAAGAGAGAAGAUAGGGUUAGUUGGAGCUAGUCUUUGCUGUAGGAACUUUGUUUUAAAAUGGCAAAGUGAAGAGAGUCACUUAGGCCUCACCUGGAAAUUGGCCAGCACACUAUCCAUCUAAGUCCUAGGGGAACAGGGGAGAGAUCUUAAAACCCAGUUUUCUAGUCUCAUUGUGUUCAAAUCUAAGUUAUUAAAUAUCUUGUUCUAGUAAUCGCCUGAAAUAUUAGAAAGUUACAAUGUUGGGGAAACGUAAGCGUGUGGUGUUGACAAUUAAGGACAAGCUUGACAUUAUUAAGAAACUUGAGGAAGGUAUCUCUUUCAAAAAACUCUCGGUGGUGUAUGGAAUUGGGGAAUCCACGGUUCGUGAUAUUAAAAAGAACAAAGAAAGGAUAAUAAACUAUGCAAACAGUUCGGAUCCUACCAGUGAGGUAUCCAAACGUAAAUCUAUGAAGUCGUCGACAUAUGAGGAACUGGAUAGAGUUAUGAUAGAGUGGUUUAACCAACAGAAAACAGAUGGGAUUCCAGUGUCCGGAACAAUUUGCGCAAAACAGGCCAAAUUCUUUUUUGAUGCAUUGGGGAUGGAAGGUGAUUUUAAUGCAUCAUCUGGCUGGCUAACUCGAUUUAAGCAGCGCCAUGGUAUUCCAAAGGCUGCUGGUAAAGGAACAAAAUUGAAAGGGGAUGAGACUGCUGCCAGUGAAUUUUGUGGUAACUUUCAGGAAUUUGUUGAGAAGGAGAAUCUACAACCAGAGCAAAUUUAUGGUGCUGAUCAAACUGGAUUGUUCUGGAAAUGUCUACCAUCAAGGACAUUAGCUCUCGAAACUGAGCCGAGUACUUCCGGUUAUAGGUCAAGCAGAGAGAGAAUCAUUAUUAUGUGCUGUGCGAAUGCCACAGGUUUACACAAACUUAAUCUUUGUGUUGUGGGAAAAGCAAAAAAACCCCGUGCAUUCAAAGGAGCUGACCUUUCAAACCUUCCUGUCACUUAUUUCAGUCAAAAAAGUGCGUGGAUAGAAUAUUCUGUUUUCAGACAGUGGUUUGAAAAACACUUUGUGCCACAGGUGCAGAAGCAUUUGAAAUCCAAGGGGAUUCUAGAAAAAGCAGUGCUGCUUUUGGAUUUCCCUCCAGCACAUCCAAAUGAAGAAUUGUUGAGUUCAGAUGAUGGCAGAAUAAUUGUGAAGUACUUGCCACCGAAUGUCACAAGUCUUAUUCAACCUAUGAGCCAGGGAGUUCUAGCCACAGUAAAAAGAUACUACCGAGCAGGACUUCUCCAGAAAUACAUGGAUGAAGGAAUUGACCCAAAAAUGUUUUGGAAGAACUUAACAGUGUUGGAUGCAAUUUAUGAAGUAUCAAGAGCUUGGAACAUGGUAAAAUCAAGUACCAUAACAAAAGCAUGGAAAAAACUUUUCCCUAGCAAUGAAGAGAAUUCAGGCAUGAACAUUGAUGAAGGAGCCAUUUUAGCAGCUAACUUAGCAACGGUUUUGCAGAAUACAGAAGACGGUGAACACGUCGAUAUUGAGAAUAUUGAUCAGUGGUUUGACUCUCGGAGCAAUGACUCAAGCUGUCAGGUGCUCACGGACAGUGAAGGUGCAGAGGACCAGGCCAGGCCUGCUGAACAAAAGCUUCCCAAUAAGACUAGAAAAACAGAACUGAAUCCAGAGAAGCAUAUUAGCCAUAAAGCUGCACUUGAAUGGACUGAAAAUUUACUGGAUUAUCUGGAACAACAAGAUGACAUGCUUCUGUCUGAUAAACUGGUAUUGCGGAGGCUUAGAACAAUAAUAAGAAGAAAACAAAAGAUCCAAAAUAACAAAAGUCAUUAAUGCUCCUAAGGGUUUCGGUGUAUUUGCAUCUUGGUCACUAUCUGCAGUGGAACUUAAUUAUCUUGUUUGAAGUGCCGUGGAUUUCAACGCCAAUACAUUUUAUAAAUGAUUUUAGGAUUUGAUGCCAUUUUGGAUUACUGAAAUUACUGCUCUUUAAUGUCGACUCUAGUAAAUGAGCAUUGACAUAUAACUUGUCUGGCUACUGUUUCUACUCUGUAUUAUACUAUUUAGAUCAUAAGGUACCUAAGGCCGGGGAUCUUGUGUCUGUUUUGUGCCUGAAUUUCAUUGUGUCUAAUAGAGGACCAUGCACACUAUAGGCAAUCAAUAAAUCUUACUUACAUUGAAUUUUUAUGACUUUCUCUGAACUUCAGUUUCCAAAUUGGAAUAUGUUGGGCUUAAGUUUCCAUUUCCAUGAUUUUUCCGUCAGCCGAAACGUUUAGAACUCAGCAAAGAUUAUGCUUGAAGUAUUUUACUGUGAAAGCAGAGAACUGAAGGAGAAUGGUCUAAAGCCUUAAAUAUGGCGUGCUAUACCAACAAUCUUUGGGCAGGCAGCAAUUCCAACUGGCUAUCUCUGAGUAUGUAAGGUUAAAAUGUCCCCAGGGAAAGGGUUUGCACUUCACUUUUAUUCCGUCUGACAACAGGGAGAGUUCCUUCAUAGUCAUGGAAAGGGUGCCAUCCCUGUUCCAGAAAAACAGAUUUCAGUUCCCAAACCAUUGCGAUUAGAAGAGAUAAGGUUAAAAUUUUAUCUGUCAUUUUGAUCCUUUAUUAGUACUGUAUAGAUACGUCAGUAGUUUUUCUCUUUCAUAAGCUAUUUGAUAUAAGUAUGUCAUUUGCUUCUGUAUAGCAUAUUUUUCUGUGAGAACUAAUACUGAGAGUGUAAGCAAACGUAUAAUUUGUGACAGUCAUAUAAACAAUGGACUGACAUUAAACAACCUGAGAAAGGCCCUAUAGAGGAGCAUGGGCUGUUGUAUGGCCAUGGCAAGUUACUUAACCUAUCUGUAAAACAGGAGUAAUACCUGCCUCAGAGAGUUUUUGUGAGGACUAAAUGAGUUAAUAUCUGGAUUUUAAUUAAUGUGGACUUAGAACAGGGCCUGGCUCCGAAUAAGUCCUCUUUGAGUGUUGGCUACUGUUGUCGAGUUGUAGAAAUUCUGAGUUUCAGAAGUAUGCUGAACAGAUCCAGUGUGAGUCAACUGUAACGUUGCUGCCUUGGGAAAACCCUUUAGAGGGAAGUGAGAUAAGUGAUACAAAUAACUAGUUUCAGCUGAAAUUGUGUAAUAAUUUAUUUCAAUGAAAACUGAAAGGUUAAUGCAAUUUACUGACCAGGUCCUGCUAGGCACAGAGAGGAAUGCAGGCAUGUUUAAGACAUCUUAGGUUGAAUUAUAAAAGGAAAUGAGAAUGGAAUUGUAAUUUCUUUGCUCCAGGCCUGUUAGCAUCCUGCUAAUAAAAUAAAUAGAUGUGGGCUUUGUUCACAGAAGAGAAUCUGUGUUACUAAUAUUGGUGUAAUUCACUGAAGGAAUAAAAUAGCUUUAAAAUAGAUAAGAGAGCAGUAAACAGGACACUUGGAAUAUUUUAUCAAACUAACACAGGAUCAGUAGAAAAUCAGAGUAAAAGAAGUGUCACAGGAGCCCCUGGUUAUGCUAACUAGGCCCAGCUGUGUAUAGGGAGCUUCGUCGUGAAUUGAUUUGAGGAGAUUUGAGAGCCCGUAUGUGACAGUCCCUCAUAAGGUCAUCCUUAGAGCUCAGAAUUCUGCCUUUUGAGCUGAGGCUUUGGGUUCGAGAAAGCCCUUUUCAGGAAACCUCUAAGGAUCCACUUUCUUUGCAAGAAUUCAUAGUGUUGUUAUUAACACACCUUCCUUAGUCUACACAAUUAAUUUCACUUAUCAGAUAGGUCUGAGGAAAUGAGACUGCGUGGAUGAGUCCUGAGACUGGUCGGCUUCCUAGAGACUGAGGGAUCCUGAAACUUAAUCAUGGUAAUGACAUUCGUUUGAAUACUGGUUUGCAUUUUUCACAGAACUUUUUGCUGACAAAACUUCUCAAAAUUCUUCAGUCAUGACGUUGAGAUGCUUUAAUUCUGUGUUUUAUCAUAAAUG